UCACCAACUAUUAUGCAGAUUAAUGAACAAUCAAAUCAUCAACAAUCUUCAAUUAUACAAAAUACAAACACUGGAUCUUUGAUAAUGGAAAGUAAUGAUUCUGUUCCUUCUUUUGACGCUGUACAAAGAGUGAAGGAAUUAUCGUAUGAAUUGGUAAAAGUGAGAUCUUAUAAUGAAUCAUUAGAGAAAGAUAAAAUGGAUUUGAUUAAAGAAAAAAAUAAAUAUGCUAGUGAAACUUAUCAACUUAGAGUAGAAGUUGAGAGAAGGCCAUGGUCAAAUUCAGAAGCAAGUGAUACUAUUAGAAAAUGUCAAGAUAAUAUUCAGAAAUUAUGUAAUAAGGUGGUGGAAAGUCAAAAUAAAUACGUGGUUAGAUGUAAUGAAUAUAAAAAGCUUGAUAUUGAACAUUCAAGGUUACAAAAUGAAUAUAAUCAAACUAGAAGGAUUAUGAU